UCCCAAAGCUGCUGACGGAUGGAGACUGACACAGUUUGGCCGAGGAUAGGCGCACGAAGCACGGGCCCUGCACCAGCCGCGUGCAACUGCCGCGAGCUGGCAAAGAGCUGCUAGGUAGGUAAGGUAGGUAGGAGCUGGCUGUGCGGGCGGCAGAGCUCUCUGUCAUCGGCCACCGCCUCGGCACCCAGCACGUCUCCAAAAAAACAACGGCAAAGCUGUUAGUGAUUGGCUCAGGUAGGGCCGACGAUGUUAUCAGCGAGUCCAUAAUGGAUCCCAAUCGGUCCUAAUCAGUCCUAAUCAGGGCCCGUAGCGCAACAGCAGCAGAACUCGAAGGGGGGAGCUAGGUCCAGUCCCCUCGUCGGGCGGGAAGAACUUGGCAGGUGUUGCAUCGUCAUUUUCACAGUCCCUGAAAUCGCUGCAAAAUAUUCCUUCUCCCAACAUCAUCACCAACCCACCUCAUCCUCUACCGUAUCCCAUCCGCCGCAUCCUCACCAUGUUCAAGCUCGGCCGCAACCGCGCAUUGGCUUCUGCCUUUGCUGCCACCUCCAGGGCUCCCCUCGCCUCCAGACUCCCCAGCGUUUCCCAACAACAAAGGAGAGCCCUCAGCAUUCACGAAUACCUCUCUGCUGAUCUCCUCCGUCAGUAUGGCAUCGGUGUUCCCAAGGGUGAUGUCGCCAGGACCGGCGCCGAGGCCGAGGCCAUCGCCAAGCAGAUUGGCGGCGAGGACAUGGUCAUCAAGGCCCAGGUUCUUGCUGGUGGCCGUGGAAAGGGUACCUUCGACAACGGCCUCAAGGGCGGUGUUCGCGUCAUCUACUCCCCCACCGAGGCCAAGAUGUUCGCCGAGCAGAUGAUCGGCCACAAGCUCAUCACCAAGCAGACGGGCGCCCAGGGCCGUCUCUGCAGCGCCGUCUACAUUUGCGAGCGCAAGUUCGCCCGCCGCGAGUUCUACCUCGCCGUCCUCAUGGACCGUGCCUCUCAGGGCCCCGUCAUUGUUUCGUCGUCCCAGGGUGGCAUGGACAUUGAGGGCGUCGCCAAGGAGAACCCCGAAGCCAUCCACACCACCUACAUCGACAUCAACGUCGGUGUCACCGAUGAGAUGGCCCGCGACAUCGCCACCAAGCUCGGCUUCAGCGAGCAGUGCGUCGAGGAGGCCAAGGACACCAUCCAGAAGCUCUACAAGAUCUUCUGCGAGAAGGAUGCCACCCAGAUCGAGAUCAACCCUCUUUCCGAGACCUCUGACCACAAGGUCAUGGCCAUGGACGCCAAGUUCGGCUUCGAUGACAACGCUGAUUUCAGGCAACCCGACGUCUUCAAGCUCCGCGACACCACCCAGGAGGAUCCCGAUGAGGUUCGCGCCGCCCAGGCCGGCCUUAACUUCAUCAAGCUCGAUGGUGACAUUGGCUGCCUUGUCAACGGUGCCGGUCUCGCCAUGGCUACCAUGGACAUUAUCAAGCUGAACGGUGGCCAGCCCGCCAACUUCCUUGACGUCGGUGGUGGUGCUACCCCCGCGGCCAUUAGGGAGGCCUUCGAGCUCAUCACCAGCGACCCCAAGGUUACCGCCAUCUUUGUCAACAUUUUCGGUGGUAUCGUCCGCUGCGACGCCAUCGCCCACGGUCUCAUCAACACGGUCAAGUCUCUGGACCUCAAGAUCCCCAUCAUUGCCCGUCUCCAGGGUACCAACAUGGAGGCUGCCCGCCAGCUCAUCAACGACUCUGGCAUGAAGAUCUUCUCCAUCGAUGAUCUCCAGAGCGCUGCUGAGAAGUCUGUCCAGCUCUCCAAGGUCGUCAAGAUGGCUCGUGACAUUGAUGUCGGCGUUGAGUUCACCCUUGGUAUUUAA